UCUCUACAGCAACACGUUCUUCAAGUGGAGCCGGCACACAUUCCACUUGGUCUUUUCCAGUUUCUCGGCUGAAGUUUUGCAAUGAGCUUGCUUGUGUUGUUGCUGCUGAUGCAGCAAACAGCUUCCCAACAGAGAGGUCUGUUCCCAGCCAUUUUGAACCUGGCCAGUAAUGCAGAGAUCACCAGCAACGCCACAUGUGGGGACCCAGAAGCAGAGGUUUACUGCAAAUUAGUAGAACAUGUUCCUGGACGCUUAAUCAAGAACCCUCACUGUCCAAAGUGUGAUGGCAACUCCAUUCUGUCAAAAGAACGCCAUCCCAUCACGAACGCUAUCGAUGGAACCAACCACUGGUGGCAGAGUCCAAGCAUCAAGAAUGGGCGGCAGUUCCAUUGGGUCACAAUUACGCUGGAUCUGAAACAGAUCUUUCAAGUGGCUUACAUCAUUAUCAAGGCAGCAAACUCUCCUCGACCAGGCAACUGGAUUCUGGAGCGUUCUAUGGAUGGCUUGACUUUUGAACCAUGGCAGUUUUACGCCAUCAGCGACUCAGAGUGCUUGUCUCGUUACAACAUCACACCGAGACUCGGACCCCCGACCUACAAAAGUGACACGGAGGUCAUAUGCACGUCCUACUAUUCCAGGCUGGAGCCUCUGGAGCAUGGAGAGAUUCACACGUCACUGAUCAACAGUCGACCUGGAGCGGAUGAUUUGACCUCUGAACUCUUGAACUUCACUUCAGCCCGUUUCAUCCAACUUCGGUUACAGCGAAUCCGAACACUCAACGCUGACCUGAUGACUCUGAGUGCACACGACCCUCGAGAAAUUGACCCAAUCGUAACUCGUCGGUAUUAUUACUCAAUCAAAGACAUCUCUGUGGGGGGCAUGUGUAUCUGCUAUGGACAUGCCCGAAGCUGUCCGCUGGACCCUGUUACUAAGAAACUACAGUGUGUGUGUGAACACAACACCUGCGGAGUGAGCUGCAACCACUGUUGCCCUGGUUACCACCAGCAGCCAUGGCAACCAGGGACCAUCUCUGAAGGAAACACAUGUCAAAAGUGCAACUGUCACAAGAAAGCAAGCGACUGUUUCUACAAUCAAACAGUCGCUGAUCUCAGAUUGAGCGUGAACAUCCACGGUGUUCGCCACGGAGGCGGAGUUUGUAUUGACUGUCAGCAGAACACCGCUGGAAUUAACUGUGAGACCUGUGCCGACCGUUACUUUAGACCUGAACAGGUUUCUCCUGAUUCCGAGUCUCCGUGUGUGGAGUGUGAUUGUCAUUUGAGAGGAGCAGAGUCUUCCAUCUGCACCAGAGAUGACACUUUGCCAGGUGCUAGUGCGGGUCAGUGUGCGUGUAAAAAUGGCUUUGCAGGCCGGAGGUGUGACCGUUGUGCUUUUGGGUUCCGAGAUUUUCCUCUUUGUGCUCGCUGCGAGUGUAACCUCGCUGGCAACAUCAACAAGGAUCCUUGUGACGACUGCAUUUGCAAAGCCAACGUGAUGGGGGGUCACUGCGACCUGUGUAAAGCCGGAUUCUACAACCUGCAAGCCGCCAACCCGCUGGGCUGCACCGACUGCUUCUGCUUCGGCGUGUCGGAUGUCUGCGAAAGCUCCACUUGGUCGGUCGGGCAGGUGGUUUCCACAAAUGCUCAGCUCCACCCUCCCUCCUCCCUCCACCUAUCCCGGGCCAUUCUGGGUAAUGAUCUUCCGACCUCCGGCAACGCCUCCUUCCGACACCAAAAACGAGAGCUCUCAUGGGAGGCGCCUGCCAGUUUCCUUGGCAACAAGCUCUCGUCCUACGGGGGUCUCCUGAACUAUUCUGUAGUUUAUCACGGCUCGUUGGACAUCAUGCAACAUUUUGUCCCAGUCCACACCGAUGUCAUCAUUCAGGGCAACGGGCAAGCGCUCCGCCUCUCGCCACCUCACAUCCUCUUUCUGUCGCCAUUGGCCGAGCGCUCGGUUGCCAUAGAGAUGCUCCCAGAUCAAUUUGUAGAUCAGCACACGGGUGUCCAAGUUAGCCGUGAUGACCUUCUGUCAGUCUUUGCUGAGGUGACAUCAGUGAGGGUCAAAGUUCACCUAAACACCUCUACCAGUGGAGCUAUGCGCCUCGUCUUCGUGUCUCUGGAUGUGGCCGACUCUCAGUCUGCAUCUGGUGUCCAGGCGGUCGCCAUGGAAACCUGUGAAUGUCCGUGGGGGUACAGCGGCACUUCCUGUGAAUCGUGUCUUCCAGGUUUUUACAGGGUUGGCGGAGUUUUGUUUGGAGGAAACUGUAUGCAGUGCGAAUGCAAUGACCAUGCCUCUGAAUGUGAUGUCAAUGGCGUCUGUCUGGGCUGUAGCCAUCAUACCAUUGGUCCUCACUGCAAUCAGUGUCUCCCUGGUUUCUAUGGAGAUGCCACAGAGGGGACAGCAGACGACUGUCGGCGUUGUCCGUGUCCUCUGACGGAAGCGUCCAACAGUUUCAGUCCGACGUGCGUGCUGGGCUCUUCUGGACUCGUGUCAUGUGACCAGUGUCAGGAAGGCUACACCGGGAGCAAGUGUCACAAGUGUUCCAGGGGUUUCUACGGCAACCCGCAGGUAGUGGGCGGGACUUGUGUUCGCUGCCAAUGUAACAACAACGUGGACACGGAAGAGGUGGGACAUUGUGAUGCUGUCAGCGGGGAGUGCCGCCGAUGUCGCCACAACACGGCCGGGAGGCACUGCGAGAUGUGUGCCGCCGGUUUCUAUGGAGACGCCGUUCACCAGAAGAAUUGCCAAGAGUGUAACUGCGAUGUCAACGGAUCUUGGUCAAGCGUUUGUGAUGUCACAUCAGGUCAAUGUGCAUGUCGAGACAAUGUGACGGGACGGGCGUGCGACCUCUGCCAGCCGGGCUUCUUCGGGCUGCGGAGCGGCUCGGGCUGCGUGGCCUGUGAUUGCAACCUGUCGGGAUCUCCGGAGGAGUCGUGCGACGACAGCGGACGCUGCCGAUGUGUGGACGGUGUUGAUGGAGACAAGUGUGAUCGCUGCGGCCGCGGUUACUUUCGUUUCCGUGCCGACGGCUGCACAGCAUGCACCUGCAAGGACACGGGCGGGAACUGUCACCACCAAACUGGCGAGUGCAUCUGUCCUGCCCACACUGAGGGUGACACUUGUGACAUGUGUGAGACAGGAUACUGGGGUCAAGAUCCCAUCACAGGCUGCAAGCCUUGCAACUGCAGUGCAGAAGGAAGCUCCGCCUCUCAGUGUGAUCUGACCAACGGCCAGUGUCUGUGCAGAGAGGGAUUUUCUGGCAGGUCAUGUGACCUGUGUGCUCCCGGUAGCUAUGGUUACCCGGCAUGCUCGCCGUGUGGCUGUGACGUAGCAGGAACAAAAGAAGACUCGUGCAGUCGGACGCUCGGAGUGUGCGACUGCCAACACACCGGAAAGUGUGUGUGCAAGGUGGCUGCGGUGGGGCGACACUGCGAGAAGUGCAUUUCGGGUUUCUUCGCUCUGUCGUCAGACAAUCCGGACGGCUGCUCUCCGUGCUUCUGUUCUGGACUCAGUCGGGACUGCGAGGCGCAUGCCGGCCUCACCGGAGCUCUCAUCACGAUGGCUCGCUCUCCUGCUCUGCUGCCAUUGGUCAGCCAGUCUGACCUGGAGGGGGUUAUAUCAGGAGUCUACCAGCAGGGCGGCGACAUGCUGCUGGACACCCGCCAACUCAACACGAGCAGACUGAGAGGUCCACUGUACUGGAGGCUGCCCUCUCAGUUUGAAGGGCAGCAGCUGCUGUCAUACGGUGGCGUACUGUCCUACGUUAUAACUUUCUAUGUGGACGAUGCCGGAGGGUUGGAAAAUCAGGAGCCUCAAGUGCUGAUGAGAGGAGGAGCCUUGAGGAAGCUGCUCAUCUACACUGAAAUGGUUGCCCCUGACAACGGCAUCAGGACCCAGCAUGACAUCAGGCUGACGGAGCACAAGUGGAGGUAUUUUAACUCUGUGUCCGAGAAGGCGGUCAGUCACAGCGACUUCCUGUCGGUGCUCAGCGACUUGCAGUACAUCCUCGUCAAGGCUUCGUAUGGGACGAGACUGCAGCAGAGCAGGAUUUCAAACAUCACCAUGGAGACUGCGGUAAAAGCGAAUGAGUCCCAAGCCAGAACGGGCGCGGCUCGACCGAUCGAGUCGUGUUCCUGUCCGCCGGGCUACGCGGGAAUGUCCUGUCAGGAAUGCGCGGCAGGUUUCUUCCGCCAGCCGCUGUGGGAAUUGCCGCCUCAGGCCCAAAAGUCUGCGUUUGUGCGCCUGUGUGUGGCGUGUCACUGCAACAACCACAGCAGCAGCUGCCACGCAGACAGCGGGCACUGCCAGGAGUGUCAACAUCACACCAGUGGGCCCAGUUGUGAGCUGUGUGCCCAGGGGUAUUAUGGGAAGGUCAGUGGCUCCAUUCGGGACUGUUCGCUGUGCGCUUGCCCCCUACAGGACAACAGUUUCAGUCCCACGUGUGUGUCCGAGGGAAAUCUCGGAGACUUUCGCUGCACUUCCUGUCUAACAGGAUACGAGGGGCGCUACUGCGAGCAGUGCUCUCAGGGUUACUACGGUAACCCCUCAUUGCCGGGGGGGAUGUGCACCCCAUGCAGCUGCAGCGGGUGGGGGUCCCUACAUCAACUGUGCGAUCCGCUGACCGGCCAGUGCCAGUGUAAAGCCGGGGUCAAAGGUCCAAUGUGUGAGCGGUGCAAUGAGCGCCACGUCCUGGAGGGAAACCAAUGCGUGUCAUGCGACGAAGAAUGCACCGGUGCUCUGCUGAACGACUUGGACCAAAUGCACCGGCGCUGGCAGGCCGUCAACAUCAGCAGUGUUGCCAUAGCACCCUACCGCCAGCUGUUGGCGUUGAACAAGCAGACCAGAGACAUGCAGCUGAUGUUUUCAGAACGCAUUUCUUUGGAUAUGCCAGUGUCAAGAGUGGAAGAAGAUUCCAUGCAACUUACCUCUGACCUCAGCGUUCUGUUAAAGCAGGCCACAAACGUAUCAAGUGGCUGGGAGGGAGUGGGCGUGUCCAACAUGGAAUUGGGCGUGUUCGCCAAUGAUAGCUUGUCACUUGGAAGUCGGCUGAUAGAAAUGAUCAUCAGGAUUCAAGUCCAGAUUGAAGCACUUGAAAAGGAGGCGGGGCAACUGACUGGGGCUGCCGACGUAGCGCUAGAACUAGCCAGUCGGACACGUCUGCUGGACCAGAUGACCUCCAUUUUAGAAAGUAUGCGAGCUGUCAAUCUGACCACGGCCACAAAUUUGGGACGUCAGGAGCUCAGUCUCUCAGAGUCUCUCGUCAGUUCGCUCCAACUUCUCGUCCUGCCCAGCUCGGACAACAGGCUCCGCCCCCUAACUGUCGGCCUCACUGCUCACAUACAAAAACUGCAAGAAGCACAAACACGCGUGGAAGACGCCGCAAAAGAAAACGUGCAAACACACCUUGUGCUGAAUGCCACAAAUGCUCUGAUCUCCCACUAUCAGGCAACCUACCAGAACGUCAGUGUUGCAUGUGUGUGCGUGGAGAACAUGAUGGAGGCCAGGCAGCUGCUGCUGAACAAUGUGGUCAACGCGACGGAGGAGCUCGCUAACAUCGCCGUCCAGACGGAAAUGUUGGGAGGCGAGCUGGAUCAAUGGUGCCCUCUGCUGAGGAAGAAAGUGGAGGCUCUCGUCAUUGGACUGAAGAGCACCGAUUCGCUAGAAAGGGUUUACCGUGCAGAGAGACGCACCCAUCUGCUUCAAAACCACGCCCUCUCUCUGCACAGCUCUCUGUCAUCAUUGUGGAACGCUUCUCAGAACAGCAGCCAAUUGGUCGUGCCGGAUGCCAAUGUCACGGAUAGUGUCAGCAAGGCCUGGCGUGUCGCCUCAGACGCUCACAAGUCUGCCGACCUCGCUUUCAAUAUGACCAACCAAUCAGCGGAGAGCGGGGCCAGGCUGAGUGCGAUCUCUGCUGUGCUCAGUGAGAGUCAUUUGAUCAAGACAGCAGAAGACUUGCACCUGACGCUCUCCGUGGUAACCACGAAACAGCAGAUACUCAGCAACCGUGUGCACAGCACCAGCGUCCUCCUCCAUCAGCCAAUCAAAGAGCUGCAGAGCCUCUCGAACGGUGAGACAGGUUCAUUGCAGCUGCAGGAGGCCCAGUUGCAGGCAGCACUGGCACACUCCAGCCUGCAGGAGGCACUGCAGCACUUGUACACCCUCAGACAGCAGCUGUGGGAUUCUUCUUCUGUGGUGGAAAAAACCAACCUGAGUGUUGCGGAGACCAAUCAGCUGAUGACACACACGCAUUCAGCAGCCAAUGAGGCACGGCGUAAACUGGAAGAGGCGGAGCAUCGCACACAGCAAUUGAGUGACAAAAUAAAGCCGCUGAGCAUGCUGGGAGAAAACCUGAGCAGGAACCUGUCUGACAUCAGAGAGCUCAUCGAGCAGGCCAGACGACAAGCGGCGUCCAUUAAGGUGGCGGUACAGGCAGAUGAAGAAUGCGUCCGAUCGUACCGACCCCAAAUUCAGUCGAGCAACUUUAACACCUUGACUUUGACAUUGAAGACCAAGAGGCCCAACAAUCUGCUCUUCUAUAUGGGCAGCAAGACAACCGUGGAGUUCCUCGCAGUGGAAAUGCACAACGGGAAAGUGUCUCUGCUCUGGGAUAUCGGAUCUGGCAGUACCAGGCUGGAGUAUCCUGGACUCGACAUCACCAACAACAGAUGGACCAGAAUCAACGCCACACGGCUGGGUGCUCGGGGCUUCUUGUCCAUUUAUCAGCUGGAGGCGGCGCCAUCACAAACAGUGACGGCAACAUCACCUGGACCGGCCCGGGUUCUACAAAUCGACAACAGUACCGUCAUCCACAUCGGAGGACUGGCAGAUGACACCCAGAGGCCGGCAGCGUUGCAGUGGUCCACGUUUAAUGGUUGUUUGGGUGAAGCAUCGCUCAAUGAGAAAAAUGUCGGCCUGUGGAACUACGUCAGCAGACGAGGACAGUGUGGAGGCUGCUUCAGCAGUCCGCAGGCGGAAGAGACGUCUUUCCACUUUGACGGUUCCGGAUUCUCAUUGAUCCAAAAGUCUCUGCGAGCCACAUCGACGUCCAUUGUGUUAUUGUUUAAAACGCUGUCGCCAGCCGGAUUGCUGUUGUACCUGGCCUCCAACAACACUAGGGACUUCCUUUCCAUUGAGCUGGUGGAGGGCUGUGUACGUCUGACCUUUGACCUAGGGUCUGGUCCUCUGGUCUUGACUUCCAGCAGGAAGUACAACAACGGAGUGUGGUACAAGGUCACGCUGCAAAGGAACCGACGCAAAGGUCACCUGUCAAUCAUGGCAGCUGACCAAUCAUCAGAAAAAGAAGUGUUGGAAGCGGAGUCACCAGGAUCUGCUUCUGACCUCAACCGUUUUGACCUUGACCCCAUCUACAUCGGAGGACUUCCUGCUUCUCGACCAAUCAGGCGGCAAGUGGUCUCCAGGUCCUACAUUGGCUGCAUCAAGAACGUGGAGAUAGCAAGAUUAAACUUUGACCUGCUUAGAGAUGCAUAUGGAGUCAGGAAAGGCUGCGUUCUUGAGGCGGUGCGGAGCGUGUCAAUGUUAAGCAGCGGCUUCGUUCAGAUUGCUCCUCGUUCACUCGGUCAGGAGGCAGAGAUUCUCUUCUCUUUCAAAUCUAACAACCAAUCAGGAGUCCUGUUGGCUGCCUUCACUGAUAACCAUGCCCAGCGACGGCACUUCCUGUCAGUCCACCUGCUCUCUGGUUCUUUGGAAGUGGAGCUCGGCGAGACGGGUGCGGACGGUCGGCGGGUGACGGUCACAGCGGCGGAAGGCGGCUCUUUCACAGACGGAACAAAACACUCGGUCAUCGUUAACGUCAAUAGGAAGUCACUUUCGGUCCAAGUUGACGAGGGAAAAGUCAAAUCAGCCUCGCUGUUACCGGGCGGACUUUCCCGUCUCUCCACGGCCUCCUUUUUCAUUGGAGGACUGCCUUCAGGGGAUGAGGCUCAUUUGCCAAUCAGAUUACAGAAGAUAUCAAAGUUGUUCAGAGGCUGCAUACAGCACCUGGUGCUUGGCGCUCUGCUUGUCGACCUGUCAGCUGCUGUCAAGUAUGAGGGGGCGGAGCUUGACAGCUGCUUACUGGAGGAGAAAGUCAGAGGGGCAGUGCUUCCAGAAGACCAGGAUGUGGAACCCACUCUUGACCCUUCCCACCUGUCUGUAGCCCCACCUACCCAUCUGACACCUGUUGAACUAACGUGUACGCCAGAAAAAGAGCUGCGCUUCCUGCCAACAGCAGCUCAGUUUGGUUCAUCACGACAUAGUCACAUGACUUUUACUAUUGAACCAGUCACUGUCCGCAAAAGCGUGACCCUGCGGUUGUCGCUUCGAACACGAGCUCGGGACGGUUUGUUGCUGCUCCUGUCUGACGGCAACCAGAUGGACUUUGCCAUCCUGCGACUGGCGGCCGGGCGGCCGCUGAUGUCGGCGGACCUCGGGAAGGGUGCCGCCACCGCCGCCUCCUCGGUUGCUGUGAACGACGGAAAAUGGCACACAGUAAGCGCCGACGUUAGUCGGCGCUCCGUUUCGGUCUCUGUGGACGCCUCCGCUCCCGACUUGGUGGCGGUUAAAGGGAACCAGCUAGACGUCAACAGCAGACUGUAUCUGGGUGGACUACCGCGCGCGCACAACACCCGAAGAAUAAAUGUGACCACAAGUCUUCCAGGUUGUGUUCACUCUGUGAGUCUGAACGGCGUCAUGCUCGAUCUCUCUCGACCAGCCUCGCGGAAUGACGUCACUUCCUGUUUCAGUAAGGAGGAGUCAGGAAGUUACUUUAAUGGCAGUGGAUACGCCGCACUGAUGCCGAAUGGAUACAAGGUCGGUUCGGACGUGUCUGUGUCUCUGGAGUUUCGGACCAGCCGAUCAGACGGCGUCUUCCUUGGCAUCAGCAGUGCCAAGGUGGAUGCCGUUGGACUAGAGAUGAUCAAAGGACAGGUGGUGUUUAAUGUGAAUAACGGGGCGGGCAGAGUGUGGGUUGCUUCUGCCAGUCCCGUGCUGUGUGAUGGACGCUGGCAUCGCCUGCUGGCCAGGAAGACCAAACACACCCUAAGUCUGAGCAUAGAUGGGCGAAGCAACUCCAUCAGCAACCCCUAUCCACAGUCCACCUCUGCUGAGACCAAUAAUCCCGUCUAUGUGGGCGGGUACCCAGACGGAGUAAAACAGAAUUGCCUGUCAAUCAAGUCGGCCUUCAGAGGAUGUCUGAAGAAUGUCCAUCUCAUAAAGUCGCACCUCAACAGCCCUCUAGACAUGAGUCAGGCCCACUUCUCGUUGGGUGUCACCCCUAACUCAUGUCCUGCUGCCUAACCCUAUCUUCACAUAGUCACUCUUCAUCUUUUCUUCUGGUAAAUAAAGACCUCAAAAUGUUU